CGCGCUGAGCACGCUUCUAAAAACACCGCGCACCCGCAUUAAGCACGAACCAAAGCUCCAAACUUAGCUGAACUCUACGCGCAAGUUGAUUCAGUCGGUUUUCAGCGACGGCUGAAGUAAGCAGAUGUGGGCAUCUCCGAAAAUAUUCAGUACUCGCGUGUUUGUUGACGGGUUUCACUUAAAGUGCCAUGCAAAAAUGAACUUUGUGAGUUUGAUAGUGUUUUGAACUUUUAAAACGCAACAUCGAGAAUUCUUUGAGAUGAUUUGUAAAAGUUAUUGUUGAAUUGCUUCCAAAUCAUUACUCAAUCAAUUUUGCAUCAAUUUUUAAAACAAAAUUUGAUUUUUCAUCAAAAUGGCUUUAGACAACCCAUCAUACUUCUCAAUGUCAAAUCCCCCACCCCUGUGUUCUUUAUCCUCAUCAGUAUCAUCAACAUCUUCCUGUUCUUCUCCACGCUCACAAAGCAAACGAUCUCUUCGUUCACUCCUACGUUCCCUAAGCACAAAUUCAGCAGAUUCUAAUCAUGAGCUGUUUAACACCGGCGCACCCCGCUUAUCCGACAUAGCGCCUGAAUUUAAAUACGCAUCGGAACCACGCAGAGCCAAUUCGUUAAAAGCGAAAUCUUCAGGAAAGCACGGCUUGGGCUUGACCGAUGUCCAUCGUCUGUAUUCCCCACUCCCAACCGCAGAAAUCGAUUCCACUGACGCCGCGAUCGAUUCGAACGACGACGACGACGACGACGCGCACGAAGACGAAGUGUUUGUCGCGCGCGAAGACGACACCAACGUGCGUUACUACAAUAUUAAAUCGAUUGCGCCGCGCCGCCAUUCGAUCAGCACGCUGCGUGGUGAACAAUCACAGAAUCACACACAAAAGCGACGACAGCGCAGCUCCGUUGAUCUACAGGAGGCCAUUGUGCACGCUAGCAUUGAUGGACAAUCGGAUGCUUCGUCACUUGCAAGUCGGAUCAAUCUACAUAUUGAUGAUCACAAGUUAAGACACGGGAGUUAUCCGAGGAAGAGGUGUAAUCGAUGUCCAAGAGGUGUAACCAAACGCGCUGACAUGGAGGACAUUUUGAUUGUUUCCGCUAAGGAUAGUGAACCAGCCAACUUGUGGGCGCAAUAUUUCGUGUCAUAUUUUGAACAAUUAAGUACAAGUGCAAAUAGAAAGCCAUAUAAAAUCCGCCAUUUGGGUGUCGAAGAGAUCAUAACCUCAAAUGGUGAUGUCCGCCAUAUUGCCGAACGUACAACAUCCGUCAAACUGCAGUUAAUCAUCGUUUGUCCAUUGUUUUUGGAGAAAAUCCAAGAUAAUUCACAAUCAUGCACAACAGGCCUCACAAAACUCCUUCUCCCUGAUAGAAUACUAGCUCUACAACUAGGAACUUCUGAUGAAGACAUUACUGACAUUCACAGGGAAGCAUUGACGUUAUACAAUCAAUGGCAGCGACGUCCAGUUGGCCAAGAUCAGGACCAAAACUUUGCGCAUGAAUUCGUCGCUUCUGCAAUUGCAAUCUUCACAAAAAUCUGGAAGCAACAAUCAUCGAUUGCCACAGAAGAAAACUCACAAUUCUCAAUCGCUCCUAAAAAGAUCCGAUAUUGCCAAACUUCUGUUCUGAUUAUGUUGGAGUAUCCUCUGUUACACGAAGACAUUGUCAAGAUAAGCAUUGUGAAGAACGAGGAGAUGACCGAGAUUAAAAACGUCAAACGCAGAAACCCCUACACGCUGAAGUUUACGAUGCCGGAAAAAUUCCUCGAGGUUUCGGCCAUCGUCAACAUUCUCGUGGAGAAGAACGGCAGCUUCAUUGGCAAGCGACCCAUCAAGUGUGAAAGCCGACUCAGAGAGUUGGAACAGAUUUUACGCUCCACUAACAACCCGGUGGAGUUUAUGUGUCAGAGUUUGGGCUUUAGUCCGCAUGAUACCGAACAGUUGGAUAACUGGUUGGUGCAUAUGUUCCAGAAGAACGUACCACCCAAUUUUAAUCUCUUCGUGAAUAAUGAUUCGGCCUCUGGGAGUAAGCAUGUUUGUGAAUUAUUUCCAACUUUAUUACACUUUUCCGCUCGUUUUGGAUUGGAAAAGUUGACUUCACAACUUUUGGAUUGUCCAGGCGGUGAUUUGGCUUGUGAUAUUCGUAAUGUACAAGAUUUCACACCGGCGGACAUCGCUGAAAAUGUCGGACAUAAAGAAAUCAACAAUAUGUUGAAAGGAUACAUGAAAAUGAAUGAAUUAGCCACGGUUUAUACAAAAAUAAAAAAGUUAACCACGGAUAAUUUAAAAAACGUCACUAAACAAGAGGAAGUAAUCACAAAAAUUGAAGUUGAAAAAAAUAUUGAAGAAGAUGAAGAACAUUAUCUAAUACCAAAGAAACUAGAUUUAAUCCAAACUGAUGACUUUUAUAAAAUGUGCCCUGCACCAAAACCUGUUAUUGUAUCAAAAUCAGCUCCUUGUACUCCUCUUACAGAGGAUAAUGAAAGUCCUCACACGUUUUACAUCGAAAUGGACAAAGCUAAACAAUCAACAACAAAAAAUGACACUGAAGUAACCGCCGUGGGACCCGAUCAAGACCAAGACCAUAAUUAUCAAAAUUUCACACUUGCUGACAAUCGUAUAACAUCAUCAUCUUUACCAGAAACAUUUCCAACAACAUCUGAUAAUAAUAAAAAAGAAAUCCAAGCUGGAAAAUCCCUGCAAUCAAUCGAAAUGCCCAAGACGCACAAAAAACGCAACAAAGAGAAACAUCACACAUCACUGCAAAGUAUCCACUCGAAGAGCUCAAAGUCGUCUGGUAAUAUAAACAUCAAAGAAGACAAGGUUCAAGUAGAACUGGCUGAGAUUAUCAACGAUUUCAAAAAUAACGUCCAUACGAUUGCCCAGACAGAGCAAUUGGUUGCCGAAUGGCAGAACCGUAAUGAUGUACAAAAGUCUUUUAAAGAGAAACAGGACCAAUUGAGAGAGAUGCGCAUGCGUUAUGAACAAAUCCAACGUGACAUGAAACAUGGCGGACGUAAAAGCAGUCCAUUUGAGAGAUUCAAGAAGAUAUUUGGUUUCUCACAUCAUCAUUCAUAUCAAAUAAGAGAUAAAGAGAAUAUUAAAGAGGUUAAAGACAUUGAGAGGUUAAAUAUUAAACAAACAGGCACUGAUACAAGACCAAUCAGUAGUUUGAGUCUACAAAGCACUGCGAGUAGUGCUUCAUCAGGAACAAUGAGUACAAUGAGUGGAUGUAGUCUAGGAGACAGUGGUACACAUUCUGACCAUGAAGAAAGAAAGAUUAUUUUGAGUCCGAUGGAAGAAGACAAAUCAGCAGUGAAUUUCAACAAUUACUUAAUUCCUCCAACUCCAAGACCUGUAAAAACUAAAUUGGGGUUAUGUGUACCCCCACCACAACUUCCCCAAUCAGCCAUAAAUGAACCCCGGGCACGUAAAGAUAGCAUUGAAAGACUGGAUCCAUUUUAUAUUCAAUUCCCACCUAAUGGGUUACCAAUAUCUUCAGGAUUAAUUAAUAAAAUACAAAAUGAAGAUGUUGAUGAAGUAGACACCGCGACGCAUCUUUUCACCAUCCCAGAACACAUGACAAGACUGUGUGAAGAAACAAAGACUGAGGGUUGUUUCACAUCCCAACAGGAAUACAUGAAUAUGCCCAGCUGUAGUCAUGCGAUUGAACGCCAUUGCGCCCAGCAUGAUUACAUGAAUUUCAAGACGGCUUCUUAGCAAUUAUUGUAAAUGUAGUGUAAAAGUCACAUCACAUCACAUUUGUAUCUCUAUUUUGUAUGAAUUUAUAUCAUUUUUAUUAUAUACAUGUAUUUAAUAUUGUACUUUUCUACCAAUGUGUAAUCUAUUUGCUAAUAUUUAGUUCUUUGUUUAUGUCAUACACAAUUAUUUAUUAUAAUGAUGAAUAUAUCAAUUAAACUUCAA